AUGACUGGUUUAGCCGGGGGUGGCGAGGUGUCUCUACCCUCCAAGAUACCCUACUGGCGUUUAGUCCUCGACCAAAAGGUUGUUACACCUGAAGUGGUUAAUUAUCGUUAUACCGGAUCAGGAACCGAAGAUGACCCUUACGUUGUCAGUUGGAUCCCCAACGACCCGCGCAACCCGAUGGACUUCAGUGAGGUCCAGAAAUGGUCCUAUACUAUCUUAGUCUCCUUUGUCACCCUCGCGGUUGCAUUGGUUUCCUCUGCAUACUCAGGCGGCAUGGGCCAGAUUGUCAAGGAUUUUGGCUGUGAGCAGGAAGUUGCUAUCCUCGGGAUCUCCCUCUUUGUCUUGGGAUUUGCCUUUGGACCGUUGAUCUGGGCACCAAUGAGUGAGACAUUUGGUCGUCGACAUAUUUUCACUAGCACAUUCUUUCUCCUCACUGCUUUCAAUGCGGGAGCUGCUGGAGCUCAGAACAUUCAAACCCUUAUUAUCCUACGUUUUCUCGCAGGAUUUUUCGGAUCAUCACCUUUCGGAAAUGCAGGCGGUACAAUUGCAGAUAUGUUUCCGGCUUCAAAGCGUGGCAUUGCGAUCAGUCUCUUCGCUGCAGCACCGCUCUGCGGUCCUACGUUUGGCCCAGUGAUUGGAGGAUUUCUUGGCUCUGCCGCGGGCUGGCGCUGGGUGGAAGGCUUUCUAGCGGCGUUAGCAGGUGUUGUAUGGCUGUCCAUGUGCAUAUUGUUGCCAGAGACAUAUGCUCCCGUCCUGCUGCGUCGCCGAGCUGAGAAACUUUCUGAACUAAGUGGCCAGGUCUACCGCAGUAAACUGGAUAUCGAACGGGGUAGAGCGACGUUGACCAAAACAUUGACUACGGCCCUCUCCCGCCCAUGGCUUCUACUCUUUAAGGAGCCGAUUGUGCUUCUGUUCUGUAUCUAUAUGGCUAUCAUAUAUGGAACGUUGUACAUGUUAUUUGCGGCCUAUCCGAUUGUGUUCCAGGAAGUCCGUGGCUGGAGUGAGGGUAUUGGAGGCUUGGCUUUCAUGGGCAUUCUGGUCGGGAUGAUCAUCGCAGUCGCUUGCACCGUUCCAGACAAUUUCCGUUAUGCUAAGCUGUGUGAGCAAACCACGGGUCGUCUUGCACCCGAGGUCCGUCUUCCUCCAAGUAUUGUUGGAGGAAUCGCCCUGCCCAUCGGUCUUUUCUGGUUCGCGUGGACUAACUAUCCAACCAUCCACUGGAUGGCCCCGGUGGCUGCGGGCGUACCGUUUGGGUUUGGACUAGUCUUGGUCUUCCUCAGUGUCUUCAACUAUCUGAUCGAUGCCUACACGAUCUAUUCAGCAUCGGUCCUUGCAGCUAACUCGGCUCUUCGGUCUCUAUUCGGCUUCGCCUUUCCGCUAUUCACCACCUACAUGUAUCGCAACCUAGGCAUUCACUGGGCCUCUUCCAUUCCCGCUUUCUUGGCCGUCGCGUGUGUGCCAUUCCCCAUUUUGUUCUAUAUUUACGGGGCCCGGAUUCGUAAGCGCUGUGUUUACGCUGCCGAGGCCGAGGCAUUCAUGCAGCGCCUCGCAGCCAAGCAGAAUGAGCCCCCGCGUCAAGAGCCAACUCAAGAGAAAGUGACUGUGGCUGAGAAAGCCGAGUCUGUCUAUAUGAGCAGUGACAGCGAUGACUCCGAUAGCCUCUCCACUAUUCCAUCCCAGGUUGCACUUGAUCGACGAGGUUCUCGGGCAUCUAAGAAGUCCGGACACUCUUUGGGCCGCACUGCGACACAGUACGAGGAAAACCCCUACGACAUUGACCGUGUCAAUACCCGCAAUUCGGCCAUUAGUGGUCGCGGAUGA